AGUAUGGAGAAAACAAAAUACUAUGGAAGUCAAUGGGGUCCUUCAAAUGUUUGGUUAGACACAUUGUUUGAUAUAUCCUGUUUUGUGCUCAGCAGAUGAAAGAAAUUCAUACAGGUUUGUUUGGAACAGCUUGUGGGAGAGUAAAUGAGGACAGAAUGUUUAUUUUUGGGUGAACUAUCCCUUUAAUAUGAUCUGACAGAACCUCUGUCCCUUGAACUCCUUAGCAUAGAUUCUCUUCAUAUGAACAUCAGAAUUAUUCACAGGACCAUCUCAGGAUUAUGUUGACCACAUUCAUAAGUGUAACCAACACAACAGGCCCUUUACAAACUUGAAAGAGGGGAAAGUAAGCCCUCCAGUGGCUGCUGAGAUAAAGCACAGAAGUCAUGCUGAAUAUAUUUUCAUUUGGGACAUUUAGUCAUUAGUGACAGCUCAGCUUUACACUUUUGGAACAAUAAAUUGAAUUAUAAUUGGAUCCACUUUUGGUUUCUACUGUUAGUCCAGCCUGAUUUCUUGACAUUAGCUUUGGAAAGUACUUCUGGUUUGAACACGUUGUUUGCUUUUUCAUUUACAUUUAUAAAACUUAUAUAUUACACUUAAAUUAUUGUAGCCUAUAUAGGUUAGUUCAAUUAUGUUAAAUAAUAUAAUAAACUUGAAUAAAACCAGAUAAUUUAGAUGUUACCAUUUUUUUCAGUGACUAUAUGAGUGCUUGAUCUCUAGACACAAAAGCGUUCUAGAGAAAAGUCCUACAGUAAAAUGUAUGUUAUCUGCACCGCAAGGUUUUCAUAAUGCAAAUGUAACGACCAGCUAACAUGAUUAUCAGCAACGCCUGCUCCAAACGCAGAGGGAGCUUUUAGUGUUUAGUGGAUGUUAUUUUGGGGUUCUUCAGGAGGAUGUUGGUGUCCAUUUAAUGGAAUCUGACCUGCACAUGCAGUGACUGCUGUUUAUGUACUAACAGGAAUAAGCUACUGUCAGUUUCAACGAGUUUCUCUUGAAAAGUCUGGCUGUAGCAGACCUUGAAGGUAUAUGUUUUUAUUAUUAUUGUUAUUAUUUAAUGUAUUCUUUGUAUCCAGAUGUACAGUUGCAUGAAAAAGUAAGGGAACCACUUGCAGAAUCUGUGAACAUGUGAAUAAUUUUAGGAAAAUAAGAGAGAUUGGGGGAAUUGUCCAAAUGGUCCAGAUGUCCAAAAUUUUCUUAUUUUGUUGAAAUGUAAUUUUUUUUUUCAUCUCCAUCCAAAUUCAACUUUUUUUCUUUUCUUUUUUUUGUCUUGUGGACUAUAUGUAAAUAUCUUUUAUGUAAAAUAUCUUACUCAGGACAGUGAAUAAAAAAUAACAUGCAUUUUGUAUGAUCUCUCAUUUUGUUAAAAUUAUUCACAUUUUCACAGAUUCUGCAAGUGGUUCACAUACUUUUUCAUGCAAUUGUAUUUGUUUUAUGGUUAACUAAGUAAAAUGUAAUGCUUUGUGGUCACAGGGGACUGGCUUCAGUAAUGGAAACGGACAGUAUUAUCACAGAAACUCAGAUAAAUAGAUACCCAAAAUAUGAGAGAAGCGAUGAUACUCAGUCGACGUCAAGUUCACGGAUUGUUUGUGAUGGAUGUCGAAGAAAACUCAGAAGUUUGUUGCCGGUAAACUAUAAAGAAGAAAUUAUAAAGCUGCUAAAACUGGCUGGACCAGUGUUUAUAUCUCAGCUGAUGAUCUUUCUGAUCAGCUUCAUCAGCACUGUGUUCUGUGGACAUUUGGGGAAAACUGAACUGGCCGGUGUGGCUCUGGCUAUUGCUGUUAUUAAUGUGUCCGGCAUCUCCAUUGGCUCUGGAUUGGCGUCUGCAUGCGAUACACUCAUCUCUCAGACGUUUGGGAGUAAUAAUCUGAAGCGGGUGGGUGUGAUACUGCAGAGAGGGAUUCUCAUCCUCCUGUUGGCCUGUUUCCCCUGCUGGGCGCUGCUCAUCAACACAGAGCCAAUCCUGCUGGCUGUCCGGCAGAAUCCCAGUGUGGCCAGUCUGUCACAACUCUAUGUAAAAAUAUUCAUGCCUGCUCUGCCUGCUGCCUUUAUGUAUCAGCUGCAGGGAUUGUAUCUUCAAAAUCAGGGUAUUAUUUGGCCUCAGGUCAUCACAGGAGCAGCAGGGAACAUCCUCAACAUUUUAAUAAACUACAUCUUUCUUCAUCUGCUUGAUCUUGGUGUGGCAGGAUCUGCUGCUGCGAAUGCAAUUUCCCAGUAUUCCUUGGCCGUGAUUCUCUUUGUGUACAUCCAAUGUAUGGGUCUGCAUAAAGCCACCUGGGAUGGCUGGUCUUGUGACUGUCUGCAGGAAUGGGGAGCCUUCAUGCACUUGGCUCUUCCCAGCAUGCUCAUGCUUUGUGUGGAUUGGUGGACAUUUGAGAUUGGUGGAUUCCUGGCAGGACUCAUCAAUGAGGUUGAGCUGGGCGCUCAGUCUGUCAUCUAUGAGCUGGCCAGCAUUAUGAAUAUGUUUCCAAUGGGAUUUGCAGUGGCAGCCAAUGUGAGGGUGGGAAAUGCUCUUGGAGCUGGAAACACAGAACAAGCCAAGCUGUCUGCCAAAGUGUCUUUAAUCUGUGGACUACUUGUUUCCUGUGUGAUUGCAACGAUAAUUGGAGGUACUAACAACAUUAUUGGAUACAUCUUUAGCAGAGAUGAGGAAAUUGUCCUCAGAGUUUCACAGGUCAUGAUCCUGUAUGGCUUUAUUCAUCUCUUCGAUGCCACUUCCGCUAUUACAGGUGGCAUUGUCAGAGGUGCUGGAAAGCAGCUGCUUGGUGCUCUUUGUAACAUUGUGGGAUAUUAUUUUGUGGGAUUCCCAGUUGGAGUGUCUCUGAUGUUUGCUCUUGACAUGGGCAUAAUUGGUCUGUGGAUUGGGUUUUUUGGGUGUGUUUUCCUACAGUCUUUGUUCUUCAUUAUCCUCAUUUACAAACUGGACUGGAAAAAAGUGACUCAAGAGGCCUUGAUCAGAGCUGGUGUACAAGCCCCUGAGAACAAAGAUGAAUCUUAUGCUAUGGAAAAUAAGGGCUGCACAGAAGAAGAGCCAGAAGAGUCCCAGCACACUGAAGAAGGCCAGACAGAUGCAAACACAGAUCUGGAAGGACUCGGUAAAGGAGAAGGAGGGAUAACGGACGCUGGCACAAAGGUCACAGUUGGAGAGGUUUUGACCACCAAACAGCUGGUUGUUCGUCGAGGACUUGCGUUUUUUUUCAUGCUACUUAUACUAGCUGGAGGGAUUAUGCUAAAUGAGCUUCUUACUUGACUUCUCAGAUGAGUACAGUAAAUGCAGAGCUUUGUCUGAUCUGAAAAUUUAAAAACUUUGCCACUGCCCAGGCCAUCUAUGCAAAUAUAAUAGAAUUUGAUGUGAAUAAUUGUAUUGUCUCAUCUCAUUCUGUGCUUUUAAAAGUUGUAGACAGCAUUAGUGAAGCGUUCCACUGCAUCUAUUGUCGCGUUUUAUUCAAGACACUUUUAUAUUUAUUUAUUUUUUUUUUUAUUGAAAGCACCAGUGUUAACAUUCAAAAUCUGUUGUUGUCAGGAAUUUGUGUGUUUUGCCUUUUGUUUUUGGAUUUGUCUUCUGUGUUUUCAGUUUGACCCAGUUUUUCUCAUGUGUUUUACCAGUUAAUUCCUAUCACCUAUGCCUUGUCUAUCACCUUGUUAAUCAUCUCGUUUGCUCAUUAGUUGCCUGUGUAUAUAAGCCUUCAGUCUGAGUCUGGUCUUUGUCCUGUAUUGAUGUUGUUUUUAAGGUUAAAGUGGGCUAUUGUUUGCCUGUAUGUUCCUGUAAUGCUUUUUGGAGUAAAUAUUAUUGGAUUUGAAUUCUUCUUCGUCGUGUGCUUCUCUUCAGCUACUUAACCGUGACAGAAUACAGGACCAACAACAAAGAAACUAAGAUGGGCAUUCUCCUCACCCCAGUUAACUCUGCUGAUCUACUGAUCACCUGCUUCCAAGACGGCCGCCCAAUCGAGAACUAUGUUGAAGAGUUCCUUGAACUUUCUAAUCAGGUAACCUGGGAUGAUAACACUCUAAAGACAGUUUUUUUUUGGUGUGGUCUUUACCAGGAAGUUCCAGCAACAACCACCACCUGUUCCCUGAUUCAGUAUAUUGAAUAUGUGCUGUGGUUGGGUGGUUCUUCCCUCACAGUUGGUGAGACACCACCACAACUCAGCCACAGUCACCCUUGCCCAUUCCUGAGCAUAGUUCCAUCAUGACCGCCAUUCCACAGCCUUGUCCCAAGAUGACUGCCAUUCUAGAGCCUCGUCCCAAAAUGGCUGCCAUUCUAGAGUCUCAUCCUGCUAUGGCUGCUGAAUCUGAGCCCUCAGCCAAUAUGGCCACCGUACCUGUGCCCUCAGCUAAAAUGGCUGCCGCGUCUGAACCCUCAGCCGAAAUGGCCGACUACACCUGAACCCUCAGCCACGAUAGCCACCAAAUCUGAGCUUUCAGCCAAGACGGUCGCCACCAUGCCCAUGACACUGUCUCCCUUCCUCGUCCCGAGUCCAGUGGUGACUCCCUUCCUCGUCCCGAGUCCAGUGGUGACUCCCUUCCUCGUCCCGAGUCCAGUGAUGGCUCCAGUCCCUGAGCUCUGCCCUGUUCCCAUUCCAGAGACCCAUCCAGUCCAUAAACCCAUAGCUCCUCCCAAGAAAAUUGGGGGUGGGGGCUAUACGUCCCCGGCCUUCGUAGCCAAGCCUGGCUGCAUCGGCAAGGCCAUGAAAGCUGAGCCUCCCUUGUCUCCUGAGCUGCCAGCACCGCCAUGGCUUCCUGAACAGCCGGCUCCGCCCUGGUCCCCUGAACUUCCGAAGCCACCCUGGAGGCUCCCUAACCUGCCAGCACCGCCCUGUUCACCUGCCCGUGACCUCCAGGACUUCAGGGUGCCCGACUCCCCUCCCCGGUUGGACUCUUGUUGGCGCGGGGUCGCGCCUUCCGGGAGGGGGGAGUAAUGUCAGGAAUAUGUAUAUUUUGCCUUUUGUUUUUGGAUUUGUCUUCUGUGUUUUCAGUUUGACCCAGUUUUUCUCAUGUGUUUCACCAGUUAAUUCCUAUCACCUGUGCCUUGUCUAUCACCUCAUUAAUCAUCUUGUUUGCUCAUUAGUUGCCUGUGUAUAUAAGCCUUCAGUUUGAGUCUGUUCUUUGUCCUGUAUUGAUGUUGUUUUUAAGGUUAAAGUGUGCUAUUGUUUGCCUGUAUGUUCCUGUCAUGCUUUUUGGGCCAGCAUGAUAUAUGGUAAUACCACCAAUGUUUUUUGCAUAUGCCUGUUUUCAUGACCUUUACCGAAACUGAACACCUGCACUGAUUUCAGUAUCUUUACAAACACAAACAGCACCAACUGGACAGUGGGUGAAGAUAUUAGCAUGUAAACUGGAUUGAAAACAUUGGAACAUUUUUCUGUUGUUUUUCAUUCUACCAAUGUGGUGGUGGUGGUGGGGUUGGUGGUGGUGUUGUUGUUGUUGUUGUUCUUUUUCUUUUUCUUCUUCUUCUUCUGCCCAUAGAAUCGCUAGCGGAAAAGUUGAAAUUUGGUACACUGAUAUAGGACAGUCUGAACUGUCACCAUAGCAAAUUUGGAGUCUAACUCAAUCCCUCUAGCGCCACCAACUGUCCAAAUUUGCACUCAUGUAUAUGGUAAAUAACUUUAAAACUUUUGAACUGUACAGGCUAGAAACAAAAUUAUUUUUUCCUCUGAUUCCUUGGCUCACAACAAUUCAGCGGCCCUAUGACCUCAUUUUCCAUCAUGAAUUUUGAAUUUUCUGAAAAAAAGUUCUUGAGUAAGGCGCAAGGGAAUUUGACAAAGUGCCUGCCAAAAUGAACGUGAGGCUCAAUGAGGCUGUCUGCACAGUUUCCUAGUGUUUGGGAGAAAAAAAAAAAACAGCUAUUUUUGCUUAUAACUUCUGAAUGGUUUGGCCAAAAAUCAAAUCACAAAACUGAUGCAGCAUGCAGCAUACUGAGACAAACGAUACUCAGUUUUCCCAUAUCGGCCAUUUUGGGCAUUGACUAUUUUGAAUUUUAUUGUAAAAUGCUAUAUUUUACAAAUGCAAUGGCGUAUUGUUACGAAACUCAGUAUGUGUCUUCGGCACCAUGUCCUGACAGUACUCAAAAAGUUUCAGGGCAGCGCCACCUAAUAAAGUGCUUCUGAAGCGAAAUGAUG